AUGGAGCUCCUCAAAGCUGGUGUGUUUAUGAAGACGGGGUUGCGCAGGCAGGCGGCUAGUCACCUGCAGCACCCCAGGGCUCCGGCCGAGGUCUCCAGGCUGCUGUCGGUGUCCGAGGCCAGGGUCUGGUCGGUGGACAUGGAGGAGAUGUCGUUGAUGGAGGAGGAGGGGGGGGGGCUCUCGCUGCUGUUCACGGCUGCACCUCCUCCACCUCAGAUCUACGACAAACAGCUGGAUGAACGAGAACACUCUAUUGAUGAAUGGAAAGAGUCAGCGGGGAAAAGGCAGUCGGGGAAGAGCUUGGGGAAGGUGAGGCCCGCGUACUUUGGCCGGUUCUCCACGUAG